UGGCAGUGGCAAGUGGUGACCUUACUUGGUUUAUAAAUAAACAUUUUAAUUAUUUCAUUGAUUUAUACAUUACGUACAUAACUUGUUGUGGUUAUUACCAAGAUGAUUAUCAUUUGGACGGGAUAUUAUAAUAUCAUCGAUAUGGUGUACACAUUUUUAAUUUGAGCCUUAUCAGUGGUGGCGUCUAAUUUUUUUGUUGUUCAAGUUUACAAAAUAAACCAUGGCUUCACACGAGACAGUAAAAGUUGCCGUAGUUGUCGAUCCCGUGCCCAAUAUUGUGCCAUGUUCAAAUAGUCUUACGGCUGAGGAACUUUGUAUACUAUUGUGCAAGAAAUAUGGGAUACCUCCUUUAACCCGUACUCUAUUUGCAUUACGGAUUAAAGGCACGGACUAUUUCCUCAAAGAUAACAGCAAAGUUCUCUCCGGUUCAAGAGAUUACGAACUUAGAAUUAGGUUCAAGGUUCCCCAACUGAGCCUUUUGAUAACUAUUGAUAUGACAACAUAUGAUUAUUAUUUCCAACAAGCAAGAAAUGAUGUUAAUGAGAAUAAAAUACCAGAGAUUAAAUAUCCUGAACAUAAACGGGAACUUCUUGGACUAGGUAUAGCAGACAUGAUGCGUGUUAUAUUAGAAGACAAUCUACAAUUAAACGAAGUUGUUAGAAAUUAUAAGAAGUACAUACCAAAAGUUGUUGUAAAGAGUCAUGGGCCAUUCCUAAAGAAGCAUGCAUAUGAUUGCUUACCGAAGUUGUGCUCUGCUGGUCAUAGUGUGAACUAUGUGAAAAAUUUAUAUCUACAACAGUUAUAUGGACUUGCACCAAACUAUUUAGCAGAGGAAUAUAAAGAUGUAGUAUGGCAAAAUGGAGCAGAAAGCACACCUGUAAAAGUUGUUGUUGCCCCAUUUCAUCCACAUCAACCUGGAAUUCGGAUCUACAAUACACUGAAGCGAGAUUGGUUCCACGCAUGCGCGAUUGAAGAGUUGAUAUAUCUGACGAGAAACGGUGAUCAUAGCUUGGAAGUGUCUCGGCGGGGAACACCACUUUUCCUUAAGUUCAAGUCUGAAGAACAAUUAUCUUCGUUUAUAUCGAUUUGCGAUGGGUACUAUAGGUUAAUGGUGAAAUGGACUUUUAAUCUCUCUAAAGAUGAUGAAACACCAUCUCUCAAGGAGUUGCAUAGGAUAAAAUGUCAUGGACCUGUCGGAGGAGCAUUUUCGUAUCGGAAAUUGGAGGAGAAGCGAAGUAAGAAAUAUGGGUGUUUUAUACUUCGACAAUGUCAGGAUGACUACAAUAUAUAUUACCUAGAUGCCUGUACAAAAAAUAGCACAACAGAAACAUAUUUACUUGACUUCAAAGGCGACGGCUACGUGUUUAAUCAGGAAAAAUAUUUUAGUAUCGAAAGGCUGAUCAGUUGCCAUCAGAACCCUGAAGGAAGGAUAUUUCUCAACGAAUGUAUACCUCCUUCGGAAUAUGAUAAGUCUCAAUUACUGCUGUGUGGGGAGCCUGUGAAGAAGGGAGUGAGAAUCGACCAAGCCGAGUUGCAAGAUAUUCUAAAAGAUAACAAAAGUCCUAGAUGCUUGCCAAACAAGGAUAUUUUAUUAUAUACAGGAUCCGAGAAAGUUGGCUCCGAAAAUAUAACCGCUACAUACAAAGCGCUCUGGAGACUUGACGAAACGAAGAAACUGCAAGUCGCCUUCAAAACAUUGCAGAGAGAUAGAGCCAAUGAUUAUUUGAAGGAUUUUGUUGAGUUGGCAAGUAAAUGGGCAUGCGUACAGUCUAGCUCUAUUGUUCGAUUGUACGGUGUCACCUUAAGCUCUCCCACGGCGCUAGUCCUCGAGUACCUGCCCUUUGGACCUUUUGACGUCUAUUUAAGAGAAAACGAAGAAAGAGUUAAGCCGCUCCAUCUCAAGAAGGUAGCAGCUGGCCUGGCAAGAGCGCUUUGGGACUUAUCGGAAGCUGGAAUUGUCCAUGGUGAUAUUAGAUGCAGACGAUUGCUUCUUGCUUCACAUCAGGCUGAUAGGAUGCUUGUGAAGCUGUCUGGACCAACGCUGAGACAGUAUACGCCUCAAGAUGUUCAUUGGAUUCCUGUUGACUUUUUCGCUGACAUGGCCCUGGCGAAGCGGUCGGUUGUAGGCGAUAUUUGGGCCUUCGCGACCACUCUUUGGGAAGUGUUUUCAUAUGGACAAUCGCCAACUCAUACUAAUCCUGUUUUAACUGCCAGGAGUUAUGAAAUGGGCGACCGGUUACUCCGUCCGGCGAAGUGUCCCAGCGAAGUGUGGGCAUUGAUGAGGCAAUGUUGGCAAAGCGAGCCUCUGAGGCCGCAAGAGAUCAUGCGAGAUAUGAAUCAUAUGCUGCACAGGGAAUACGUACCUAUACACGAAUAUGAAGAACCAAAGAUUUCACUCGACCAUCUAGAACAUCAUGAUACGGUUUCAAGUGACAGAUUUAUUCCUAGUGAGUUGAGUGAUGCGGGCAGUAAUAAGUCCUUAUUGUCUGUGGAGAGUAGUGUUAAUUCUAUAAAUGGAAUGUCCGAUCACUAUGAUAAUAUGUUCGGAGAUAACAAAAGCGCGAACUCAUUUGAGCAUAACUUAAACGCGAUGACGUACGCGUUACGCAACGAGACGUUGUCGUGCGGACGUAGUAGCCGUAGCAGCGUGCUCGGCUUGGGACUCGGGUUAGAGACCGCGGACGAGUUUGCCUGCUCGGCCCCACGGCUUAUGGAGUCCAUUGUAUCUCAGGGAAAGACCUACCUCGUGACUAUUACUAAGAAGAUCGGCAGUGGAAAUUAUGGGCAUGUCUUCAAGGGUUGGAUGGAGCGCGAUAAUCAAGAAUCUCAAAGGAUGGAAGUGGCCGUUAAAAAGUUAACAAGACAAGAGUCUGAGAGAAAUGGUAGUUUGUAUGAAGAUUUCAAAAAUGAAUUGGAAAUUAUGAAGUCCCUACAACAUAUAAAUAUAGUGGAAAUCCUUGGAUAUUCGUGGGACCAUGGGUCAGAUGUUCUCAUAGUGAUGGAGUAUCUUGAAGAGGGUUCACUCAACUACUACCUCAAGUUCCAAGGCGAUAAAUUGCGGCUCUCGCAUCUGCUCAAAUAUUGCAAGGAUAUUGCUACUGGAAUGGAUCACGUGUCCGCAAAAAAUGUUGUACAUCGGGAUUUAGCCACUCGAAAUAUUCUCGUUGUCAACAAAUACCACGUCAAGAUCUCAGAUUUUGGCCUCGCGAGGAUUAUUCCCAAGGAGGAGAGUGCUUAUAGGAUAAAGACUGAGCGAUUAUUGCCUAUAAAUUGGUACGCGCCAGAGUCGGCCGUUGAACCGUGGCAUUUCUCAACAAAAAGUGACGUAUGGUCAUACGGAGUAACCGCGUGGGAGAUACUGACACGUGCACGUCUUGAGGUCCCCAAGUUUGAUGUGGAACGACCACGGGAGAGGGCGUCUUGUUUCCAAAUACCAGAUGGGUGCCCGUCAGAAAUAUUUCGUCACCUGAUGAAGGAUUGCUGGGCGCUGGAUCCCAAUAUGAGACCAAAAUUUAUUGAUCUCGUACAUAUGUGUAAGCGAUUUAUGGACGAAUACAAAUGAAGGAACUAAUUAGGCUUAGUUGGCUUGAAAUCGCGGACAAAUUCGCUUCUAGCGAACGUUUAUUGUGACGUAACUACGUACGUACAAUUAAGGUAUACGUAAAUGGGUCUAUUAUUAGACUAAUGACAACAUUCCUAUAAAGCAUAGAUUUGCUUUUGAGUAUCGCUUUUAAAAUGUGCGGUGAGAAAUACAUUUUUCUCUUUUGCGCAUCGUGCUGUCUUGCUCUCGCAUAAGUAAUGAUUACGACUGACGACGACCUCGAAUAGUAAUACAAUUUGUAAUUUUCGCAAUAUUUUUUAAAAUUAUAUUAAAUAACUAGAAUGUUCUGCAAUUAUUGGGAACAAGGAAUACAUCGAAGUUCUCGUUAUAAUACACGUCUAAUUGGCCUAUUGCUUUUAUAUUGAGGAAAUUUAUUUGAUAUAAUUUUAUGUUAUUAUAUGUAAUGUUCUUGUACCGACAAACUAGAAAUAUACAAGAAUUUAUAAAAUAUUUUUUAAUAUGAAACGGAAUUUAAUGGAAUGGUUGUAUAUUUGUUCCUCGAUGCAUUGAAGUUGUAAAUAUUUUUAACUACAAAUACCUCUUUACAAUUAUUAAGGAUUAUAGUUUUUAGGGAACCCGCACAUGAUAUUUUAAGUAUUUUUAAUUUAAUCUCUAAAUUAAGUCUUUCGAAAAUCAAAAAUGGAAAAUGAAAAAUAGAUUUUCUUCUGGCUAGAACUUUCAGUACUCCCAGAUACAUUUUCUUGACUUACUUAAAAUUUUCCUUUCCUAUAUUAUUAAAAAACAUUCGCUAUUGAACAUUUUACGUAAAGUGUAUGUUUGUAUUUUUAACUUUGAAAAUUCAAUUUAAUCCUCUCUUAAUAUGUGUUUUCUUAAUAAAAGAAUUAAAUGUGUCGAAAUGUAACAAGUUUAGUAAAACAUUUUUGUGGGGUUAAUGAUGAAGUGAUGUCGAUAUUUAAAUACAGGCAAAUAUGAAUUUUGUAAAGAAAAUGAAAAAAAAAAUCAACCGACGUGGACUGGAAAAAAUACUCAAUUUUACGUAAUUUGCCUCUCUCUAAAAGUAAAAUGAUAAAAAUUCAAUGUUUCAGCGCUUAACGUAUCAUGUCUGCGGUGACCAUUGACUUUACUUGCCGUUCAAAGGAAGUUUUAAUAACGUUUUAAGCAGUUUUUAGUUUUAAGAAAAUCAGAGGUUUAAUUGCUAGUCUAAUGUUAAGUGGUACCUAAUGGAAUUACGAAAAUCAUAUAGUUUUUAUGUAAAUAGUUUCAAUGUACGAUGUAAGUUUGAAACCAAAGAUAAUUUUUAUUGUUAUUGAUAUUAUAAUUUUUUAAAUCGCAAUUGCUUAGAAUGAUUUUAUUUUACAGGAUUCGUACAAAUAUUUUUUUUAAUAUGGAAAGUUAUUAAUCGAAUGUGAUAAGGUAUAGGGAGAGACUGAUGUGGCGUGGUGCUAAGCAAUCGAAUGGCCUUACUUUAUAUAGUUAUAUAUCAGUUUAUAUAUCGUUUCAGUUUUAAAAAGUUUAAUUGAAAAUAGCUGUGAAUGUAGCAGAAUACUUUCAGUAGACCCUAGAUAGUUCCAGAUGCUAUCUGGAACCUCUUUUCUAAGAUUAUACAAGCAAGUCAGUUUAUUAAACUUAUUUUUAGACCCUCAUCAGAAGCCUGAGUUCGCUCAAUCUUAUACCUACAUUAACUGGUAUCAUCCAAAACUCAAACGUCAAAAGUAGGAUGUAGGAAAGUUACUUGCCCUUUUCUGACAAAAGAAAUUGAUGAGGCGUUAUAAUAACAGUCUAUUGUACUAUGUAAUAUGAAGAACUAAAUAGGUAGAAAAUAAACUGUUAAAAAGAUAGGAAUUUUACUGUUUUUUCUCUAAUUUGGUAAGGCUAGAGUAAUAUUGAGUAUUCCUU